AUGGCAGGCUUACCACAAACUCUUCUGUUGGUUUUACUGAUCACCUGCAGUUCUCUUAAAUGUGCAGAUAAAAAACCAAACAACAGGACCAUCCCCUGCAGAAUUACAGAAAAUGGCUUUUCAGCGAGUUUUGAUUGCAGAGCUCGUUGGUUACAAAUGGUGCCUCAUCCCAUAAAAUAUACUUCUGAUUCUGUGGAGCUCCUGCUGUCUCAAAACCUCAUACAGACCAUAAACAAUGAAUCUUUCCACGACUGGCAUAACCUUACAAAAAUAGACUUAAACUGGAAUCACUAUCCAAAGUCCAAACUUGACAAUGCAGACAUAUGCAAAAGAGGAUUAGAAAUAGAAAAUGGAACUUUUUCUUAUUUAUCAAAGCUUGAAGAAUUAUUUAUUGACCACAAUUUGCUAUGCAAAAUACCACAAGGAAUUCCAAGUACUGUACAGACAUUAAGCUUUAGCUAUAAUAAUAUUUUCUCAGUUAGCAAACAAAUCCUAUCCCCUCUCAUAAACUUGAAAAUACUUUUCCUAAGUCAUAAUUGUUAUUUUGGUAAUGACUGUGACCAAGUUUUAGACAUAGAAGAAGGAACAUUUGCAGGGCUUGCAGAAUUAACUGUACUCUCUCUAUCAUUUAACAACUUAACCUGUGUUCCUUCAAAACUACCAGCAUCAUUGAAAGAACUUUACCUAAGUAAUAACAACAUACAGACUAUUAAUGAAAACGAUUUUCAGAACCUUGUCAAUUUAGAAGUUCUUUUCUUAAGUGGUAACUGCCCACGGUGUUUUAAUGCAAAUUAUCCAUGUAAAAACCAGUGCAAGCUAAUCUCUAUUAAUAUACAUCCAUUUGCUUUUCAAAAUCUCAAAAACUUGACUAAGCUCCAUCUUGGUAGCACUUCCCUAAGAACAAUACCACCCAUAUGGUUUCAAAACACAACUCAGUUAAAAAUAUUGAAUCUUGAGCGAAAUUAUUUAAUAAAAGAAAUUGCAUCAGCAGACUUCUUACUUCAUUUGCCAUUUUUAGAAGUACUAGAUUUGUCUUUUAAUUAUGAUUUGCGAUCUUAUGCAAAUCACAUAAACAUUUCAGAUCACUUCUCCAAGUUAUUGUCUCUUCGGGAACUACAUAUACAAGGUUAUGUCUUUAAAGAUAUUGCUGCCCAAAAUUUAGCCCCCCUCAAGAAUCUUUCUAAAUUAAAGAUAUUAAAUCUUGGAAUAAACUUCAUUAGGCAAGUUGAUUUUGACGUUUUUCAAAAAAUUACGGGAUUACAAUUGAUCUAUUUGUCUGAGAACAGAAUAACGCCAUUUUCAGAAAAAAACAAUAAAAUUAAAUUGUUUGGCGACCACAAUUAUAGCGUUUCAUCUCCAGGUUUCACGUUUCCAACACAAUCUAAUUUUCAACUAACCAAUACCUUUAAUCAACUAGUAAAACCUCAGUGUAGUUCUCAUGGUAAAACGUUAGAUCUCAGCCUAAACAGUAUUUUUUUCAUCGAUCCUGAAGAAUUCCGUUCAUUUUCAGAUAUAGCAUGUUUGAAUUUGUCAUCCAAUGGAAUUGGCCAAGAUUUAAAUGGAACUGAAUUUAUCUACUUGAAAAAGUUAGUAUAUUUAGAUUUAUCAUUUAAUAAACUUGAUUUUGAUUCUUUGAAUGCUUUUCAGGAAUUGCCUGCUUUAGAAGUGCUAGACUUGAGUUAUAACAGCCAUUAUUUCCUAGUAGAUGGUGUAACUCAUCGUCUUAAAUUUAUUGAAAAUCUUCAGUACCUUAAAGUCUUAAAUUUAAGUUGGAACAAAAUAUCAACACUAACUGACUUUCAGCUUUUAAGUCACAGUUUGAAAGAAUUACAAUUUUCAGGAAACCGCCUGGAUGUAUUAUGGAUGAAAGGGGACAAAAGGUAUCAUAAGCUUUUUAAGAAUCUUUAUAACUUAACAAGUCUUGAUAUCUCUCAUAAUAGGCUCCAUAAAAUAAGUGAAGAAAAACUUAAUAACUUGCCUUUAAGCCUUACGAAACUGUAUCUAAACAAUAAUGAGCUGGUUUAUUUUGGAUGGAAAGCACUAAAGGCUUAUAAGAAUCUGAAGCAUCUUGACUUAAGUCACAACAAAUUAACAAUGGUUAUGGCCAACCUUUCCAUUUACACAUAUUCAUUGAGCACACUUAUACUUAGCUACAACAGUAUUUCAAAUUUGCCAGUUGCAUUUUUGCAUAGAGCUGGAAAUCUUACAGAAUUAAGUUUAAGUUUUAAUCAUUUAAAGAGUAUCAACAGUUCGGUUUUGUUGUCUGGAUCUGAAAACUAUUUGAAAGUGUUAAGACUAAAAGGAAACCCAUUUGAUUGCACAUGUGAAAUGAUUGAUUUUAUCAGGUGGAUCUAUGCAAAUAAUGUCACAAUCCCACGACUGGCCACUGAUGUCACCUGUGCGACUCCUGAAAAUAGGAAGGGAAGUGGUAUCAUAUAUUUUGAUGUACAUACAUGUGAUUUAGAUAGGGCUUCAAUGAUACUAUUCUUUUUGUCACUCUUGUUAGUCAUAAAUGUAAUGGUUUUAUCAGUUUUGAAAAAUGUAUUUUACUGGGAUCUCUGGUAUGUUUAUCAUGUAUGUGUGUCUAAACUGCGCUGGUACAAAGUCUGUAAAUCAGAUUGUCUCUAUGAUGUAUUCAUAGCAUAUGACAACAAGGACCCAGAGGUCAGUGAUUGGAUCUUCAAUGAACUAUGUCAUCACUUGGAGAACAGGGGAGACAAACACAUGCAUCUCUGCUUAGAGGAAAGAGACUGGGAACCAGGCAAAGCCAUCAUUGAUAAUCUUGCACACAGUAUUAAUCGGAGUAAAAAGACUUUAUUUGUCCUUACAAGGAAAUAUGUCAAAAGUGGGAAAUUUAAAACUGCAUUUUAUUUAGCCUUACAAAAACUAAUGGAUGAAAAUAUGGAUGUGAUUGUAAUUGUUCUACUAGAACCUGUGUUACAGAAUUCACAGUAUUUACGACUCAGGAGAAAAAUCUGCAAAAGCUCUAUAAUGGAAUGGCCUAAAAAUCCAAAGGCAAAAGGCUUAUUUUGGCAAAGGAUGAAAAAUAUGCUGAUGACAGAAAAUUGCAUGAGAUACAAUACAUUUUACACUGAUCCUAUAGCAAAUUAGAAGUCAGAUCCGCAAUGCCACUGUCUUGUUUAUGCCAUGUCAUUUUUUAAUUUGCAAAGACAUACUUUUGUUUCUAUAAAACUGAACACUGUUUUGAGGCUGGAAAACCUGAAGCAGCAGCAGGUCCAAAAACAUAUGUCUCAGUGAAAGGAGUGGGUCCAAAAUCCUUACCAAGGGCCCCAUUGAAUUGCUAUAAAGGGAGCAUUUUAAAAAAAAUAUUGUCACUGAUACUGUAAACAUGUGUUUAGAAAAAAAACAUCUUCAUUACAUAUACUUUGGAAAUGCAGAGACUGUUUAUUAUACUGUACCUAAAUUAUAAAUGCAUAUACAUUUCAAUACAAUUGAGAAAUAAUUAUAUUUGGCAAAAAACAUUGUUAUAUGCUAUGAAAUUUUUUUUUUAGUGUUGUGCCUUCACUGAAGCAAAUUCAGUUGGUCUUCAUUUUUUCUUUUGUUGCUGCAUACUAUAUUCAUACUCAGAGGAAGUGCCAAUAACAGGAAACAGCAUGCAUCAGUAGUUUCUUAUACUGCACU